UUUCAUGUUGGCUUGGCUGACUUUCCUUUCUUUACCCAGCUUUGUGGAAUACUCCAGAAAGGACUAAAAGCAACCAGAAUUGAAAACGGAGAGUAUUUUCUGUCUCUCAUGGUGCACUUGCUGACUCCAGAAAAAAAAUUCAGGACCUAUCCAGCCCUUUCCCAACCACAGCCCUUGGGUUGGUUUUGGAGGCUAAAUUAAAGGAGACCAUUGCUUGGGAUCAGAUAGGCAGGCCUGAUGGGAAGCCAUUUAGGGAGCUGGGAUAGUGGUCCUCAGGCCCCUUUCAGAGUUACAAUUCAGUUAUUCUAAAUGCAUAUCCAAAUAAGCCCCAGAGCUCUGACACGGAAGCUAUGCCGUAAAUUUGUGUUGACUAUUGAAUUGGACUUUUUGGAACAUCACAGAGUCUAGAUUUCACAAGGAGAAGUCGCUUCACCCCCAAGUAGGCGGAUGUUACUUUUGAUCAGGUUUACUGAUGAUGAUUUGAUGAUGAUCUUGUUUGUCCCUUCUGCUUCUGCUAGCCACAAAGAGCCAGUCUUUUAGACCCUCUGAGCUCAGCAGCUUAGUCCGAAGCAGUAGUUGGCUUCUUUUGUCCUCCCCCUGCAGUACAAUUUGCCAACCAAAGGACAGAAAAGCACAGAACUUCUUGGGAGUUGCAAAGUGCUACAUGCCGCUGUUGCCAGCCAAGGCGAGUUGAUCUCCAAGGAGGGCAGAAGGGGAGGGCUUGAGAGUUUGCUGAGCAGCCGAGAGGCAGCCCAAGUCCCUCCAGCUAGCGGCCCCAGUGUGAGCUCUGUGUGUGUAUGUGUGUGUGCGUGCAGUGUGCCAGUGAGUCGCUCUCCAGGGGCUGGGGGUGGAUUUCAAGGACAGCACUCCGCCGAUUGGCCCAGAGCAUCUUCUGUCUCCUGCACUUCUCCCACCCCCGCAACAUUCCCCACAGCACAGAUUGGAGGAGACAGUCGAGGCACUGUGUGUGUCUGUGUGGCAAGAGGGAGCGGAAAUAAAUGAGAAGGCAGGAGCUGGGUGACUCUGCACACACAGCAGCAAUUCUGGCAGAGAGAAGUUGGUGAGCCAGCGUGGAGGCAAACUUGCAGAGAGAGCUACAGUGGAAGGAGACACUCAUUCCUAGAACCAGGCGGCACAAAAGCCAGGCACACACCUUGCUUCAGCAGCACCACUUGGAGACCUUCACGUUCCAGUUGCCCAGCAUACCUGUGCAAACCUACCGAGCCAUGUCCUUGGCAGUGAAGGAGAAGACCCAGGUACGCCUGGUGUUCCUCGGUGCAGCCGGGGUUGGCAAGACGGCCCUGAUCCGGCGCUUCCUGCAGGAUACAUUUGAGCCAAAGCAUCGGCGGACAGUGGAGGAGCUGCACAGCAAGGAGUAUGAGGUGAGCGGAACCACCAUCAAGAUCGAGAUCCUCGACACCAGUGGUAGUUAUUCUUUCCCGGCAAUGCGCAAGCUUUCGAUCCAGAACAGUGAUGCUUUUGCUUUGGUCUACGCUGUGGAUGAUGCGGAAUCCUUUGAGUGUGUGAAGACUUUGCAUGAUGAGAUCCUGGAACUGAAAGAAGAUAAGUUCCCACCCAUUGUGGUGGUGGGCAAUAAGGCAGAAACUGGUGGGCUUAGGCAGGUCUUGCCUGAGGAUGCCCUUUCCUUAGUGGAGCUUGACUGGAACAGCCGUUUCCUGGAGGCAUCUGCUAAGGAGAAUGAGAAUGUGGUGGAGGUCUUCAAGGAGCUGCUCCAGCAAGCCAACCUGCCCAGCCGACUGAGUCCAGCCCUGCGCCAAAGGCGGGAGACCUUCCCCAAAGAGCCCCCGCUGCGGCCCCCUAUGAACAAAGCCAAUAGCUGUAUCAUCGGUUAAACUAGGUGAGAACAAGUGAGACUCUGAAAAGUCAAGUGGUCUGGGUUCAGAGAGGCCAGGUUGUGCCCACCACAUCUGCAUGGUGGUACUCAGUCACGUUGGUUCCCCGGAACCAUUUGCAACUCUUGGUGGUUUGUCAUGGCACAGUAACUUCAGUUUUCGUGUCCAAAAGCCACAGAUAUAUUUGUGCUCAUUUCAUGCAUUCAUGUUUGAGCUGCAACCUGAGAACCAGGAAGUCCGGAUGUCUGUGCACAGUGCAACACCCCUGCUCCUAUCCUGUUCUCCUGACCCAGAUGAAGACUGCUGAGUUACAGAUUUAAAGAGACACUGAGAAGCUGAGGUGCUCCCUGGUCCCAGACUCUGAAAACUCGGCUUGGUCAGGAUGAAUGAUGGACAACAUCGCUGAUGUCUACACUGUGCAUAACAUGCACACAGAAGGAAAGCAUAUGGGAAAUCCCUCUGGAAAUAUUUAAUUCUCGGGACACCUGUUUGUGAGACAUCCUGGACAUCCUUUAAAUAUUCGAAGAUGGGGAAGAAAGAAAUGUUAGUUAUCUUUUGAACAGUAUGUCUGUGUGUGAGCGUGUGUGUUUGUUAUCUUUUAGGCAUCCACUGCUUUUUGUUUCUAAUGUCUGCAUUGACUGUUUGCAUGCACAUGUUCUUGUGCAGGUUUUGUUUCCACACAGCUGUUGUCUAAGGCAUUUCUGCCUGUGCUUUGUGGAAAGAACUUUAUUUCACCGGAAGGUCGGUCUGUGCCCCAGUGAGCACAGACCAACCUGCAAGUGUGCUUGUUUUUUUCUUGCUUUUUCGUUCUAAAAAACCCCCACCAAAAACCUUUUCAAGGGUUGUAUAUCUAAUAAAGAAAACUCAAAACUGUU